GACUAAUGAUAAGAACAAUUUUAGUAAAGAUCAUGAUCCUGAAGGCCAAAAUUAUGAUGACUCUGCCAUUUUUAAUCAAGGACUUAUGAGCAAGAGUGCUGAAGUUUGGAGCUUUUACAUUUUCGUUCUCGCUCACGAGAGCAUUCUUAUUCAUGAUAUUCUCGUUCUCGUUUACAAUGACGUUCCUAUUCAUGACAUUCUUCCUAACAGCCACAAAACACUUUUAUUCAGAUCAGAUUAUAAAGCAGCGGCAUUUGUUGCUGAACAACCAGAACUUUUAAAAAUCGCAAACCAAAUAGCUCAUUAUGAUGAUUAUAAAAUUGCUGCCAAUGCUGCAUUUCGAUUCUAUAGAGAUGCACUUCGAAGUGGUCUCAGAAAAAUUGCUGAAUAUUUUAUUAAUGAUUUUAAAGUUGGGUAUUCUUCUCAAAUUGAAAAAGUCGAUGUUAAAACUUAUCUUCAAAAAGAGACGUGGCAAUCCUUUCUUAAUCAUUUCUACGAGGUGAUCGAUAAGGAAGCAACGCUUACGACUAAAUUUAAAAGGACAUGGUAUACAUUUAUGUUAAAAUGUUUGAUGAGAAUAAUUAAAGAAAUGUUGGAUGAAGAAAAAAAGCUUGUUAGAAUCACGGAUUUGGAUCGUCUUACUAUGAACUAUGAUCUAUAUGACUUUGGAGGUAUAUUGAACCUCAACGAUGUUGAUUUUAAGGCGUUUCUAAAUAAAGAUUUGGAUAAUAAAGGGAAAGAAAAUAAGAAUUAG